AUCGGUUCAAAUCCAUUCUGGUAUCGACGAAUAAUUUUGCGUCGCUAUAGCGUAUAGCGCUUGCAAAAACACACGAUAUAUCGCGGCGGCUCUUUUUGCCGGCUUUAUUCAUAAUUUUCUUCAAUAAGGAUUUUCAAAUAACGCCAGAAGUGUAAAAAAUUUAAUCUUGAAGUUUCAAUACAUCUCAUUGCCAGCUGCGAUUAUAACGAGAAAUCUCAACAAUGGCGACAGUUGUAAAAAAAGUGAAGAAAUCGGAUGAUGCUCUUGAGGACGAAUCUGAAGCGCUGGAACAGAUUGACAACUGCCAAAACGAAAUCGAUGCAUUAAACGAGAAGGCCAGCGAAGAAAUUCUUAAGGUAGAACAAAAGUAUAAUGCACUACGGAAGCCGUACUUUCAGAAACGUAACGAGAUAAUUCGGAAAAUUCCCAGCUUUUGGGUUACUGCUAUCUUAAAUCAUCCCCAAAUUUCCGGUAUCCUGGAGGAGGAAGAGGAAGAGUGUCUCCAGUUCAUGGAAAAGUUGGAGGUGGAAGAGUUCGAGGACAUUAAGAGUGGAUAUCGUAUUCAUUUUUACUUCGAUGAAAAUCCUUACUUUGAAAAUAAAGUUGUGACGAAAGAAUUCAAUCUAGGGUCUAGUGGAGAAACACCCGUUUCGACGAGCACCACAAUCAAGUGGAAACCGGAUCGUGAUCUGACAAAGAUGUUACCUAAAAAACCAAUGGCUAAUAGGCGGAAGCGUGGUCUUGAAUACCGAACUUUCUUUGACUGGUUCACGGACAAUAACGAUCCAAUCAACGACGACAUUGCCGAGUUGAUCAAAGAUGAUCUUUGGCCAAAUCCUCUGCAGUACUAUUUAGUGCCGGAUAUAGAGGUUGAACCGGAAGCUGAAGAAGUCGAAGACGAAAUGGGCGAGGACGGAGAAGAAGAGGAAGAUGAACUGGACGAGGAAGAAGAUGAAGCAUAAUCAGGGUGUCGAGCUCCUGCUCCUGGAUUUAGCAGGUAAUGAAUUCCGUUUUUUAUGUAGACAAAAGAAUUAACAUAAUUCCAUAAUGCGUGUUUUUGAAUAAUGACUCCAGUUAUCGGAAACUUUAGACCUGAGCCAAGUGCAAAAUGGCACUGGUUAUACUUCGAAAUUCUUAUAGAUGUGGUUUCUAUUAAUGACAUCAGACAAAUAAAGUUUCAUUGCAACCGCCAUCCUUAUAAAAAAUUAAAGAAUUAACUAUUUUGAAUAAAUAGCUUAUUCAGUUGAAGUUUCCAUUCAAACUUCGAUGGAUUCGUGUUUUUAAAGGUUGCCAAGUUUCCAAAAACUUUUUCUUCAUACAAAACUUGAAUGUGGGAAAAAGCUGAAUUAUAUCAGCAGAAUCUUUAGAAAAAAUGCUACCAAUGAUACAAAUAAAUAACAUUCUGGCAUAUAAAAGAA